AUGACCCCGGAGGUGGAAGGCUCACGGGCAGGGCCCCCGGAGCGGGUGCGGAUCCGAGUGGAGGAGCAGUCGUUCUGGGUGGAGAAGACCUUGCUGGUGGAGAGCAGCGAGUACUUCCGUGCCCUCUUCCGCUCGGGCAUGAGGGAGAGCACGCAGGAGGAGAUCGGGCUGGGGGAGCUGAGCGCGGCCGGGUUCCUCGCCAUGCUGCGGGUGCUGGCGGGGGGGAGGCCCGUCCUCGGCAGCGAGGAGACCUUCCAGGCGGUCGAGUGUGCCGCCUUCCUGCAGGUGAAGCCCUUGGCCACGUACCUGAUCCACUCCAUCAACUCCGACAACUGCAUCCUGCUGUACCAAGCCGCCGCCAUCUUCGGUCUCCUGGACCUCUUCCACCGCGCCGCCCUCUACAUCAGGGACAGCUACGCCGAGCUGGAGGAGUACCUGGACUGCCUCUCCGCCGACCUGCUGGCCUACGUGGAGACCCUCCUGCCCAGCACCUUCGUGGCAGUGGGAGCCCACACGCCCACCUUCGAGUUCCUGGAGGACCUCUCCAGGACCAUCUGCUACCUGGACGAGGAGACCAACACGUGGCGGACCCUCUCAUGCCUGCCGCUGAGCGCCAGCACGUUCCUAGCCGGCAUGGCGACCAUGGAUAACAAGAUCUACAUUGUGGGUGGCGUCUAUGGAGCCAGCAAGCAGGUGGUGGAGAGCAGUUUCUGCUACGACGCCGAUGCCAACACCUGGAGCGAGUUCCCCAGCCCUCAUCAGCUGCGCUAUGAUGUCAGGCUGGUGGGCCACGAGGGCUACCUCUACGCCAUCGGUGGGGAGUACGAGAAGAUCUCCCUGAAGUCUGUGGAAAGGUACGAUGUGGCCUCCAGCACCUGGACCUUUGUCUCCGACCUGCCGCAGCCCAGCGCAGCGGCACCCUGCGCCCAAGCCAUGGGGCAGAUCUUCGUUUGCUUGUGGAAGCCGCUGGACACCACCAUCAUCUAUGAGUACGAGACCCAGCGAGAUGCCUGGCUUCCCGUCACCGAGCUCAAGCGGCACCAGAGCUACGGGCACUGCAUGGUGGCCCACCGCGACAACCUCUACGUCAUGCGCAACGGCCCCUCAGAUGACUUCUUGCGUUGCGUCAUCGACUGCUUCAACCUGACCUCGCAGCAGUGGACCGCCCUGCCCGGGCAGUUCGUGAACAGCAAAGGAGCCCUCUUCACCGCCGUCAUCAAGGGUGACACCGUCUACACUGUCAACAAGAUGCUGACACUCGUCUACUCCGUGGAAGAGGAGACCUGGAGGUUCAAGAGGGAGCGGGCAGGUUUCCCACGCAGCGGCUCCCUGCAGACCUUCCUCCUGCGGCUGCCAAGGCGUGACCACGAUGUUGCGAUGUAG